CAUUCCUAGUGGUCCUUUGGAAUAGAAGCAGAAACAGUUGACAAGGCUUGACCUAAAGGGUGGCAAAGAGGCUAAAGUCAUGGAGACAGAUUAUCAGUCACAGAAGUAAGAGGAAAUAUUAAUCCUUGGGACUUUCAAUCAGAGAACUUUAGUAGAGAGAUUUAGUUGCCUAGUUGUUGGAAUGGUACUUUUUUUUUUUCCCCAGUGGAAUUAGGUGAUACUGAAGUGAGUGGCACAGUGAGUAAUAAGUAAGGCCUGAGAUUGGGACCACAUGGCUGCCCUGAGCUUGUAUUAGCUGAUGACUCUCUUGAACUGAAUUCAGGAAAUGACAUAAAAACAAUUUGCGCAAGAAAACUGGAAGAACAAGGACUCUGAAGUCAUUACAUUUGGAGAAAAAUAACUAGGGGUGGUGAAGAUGGGCAAGUAGCCAUUGUCAGAGGGCCAUUUGUGGAUAAAUUCUGGACUGCCCAAAGGAAAGCUCCCCAAAGAAAACCAAAUGCCCUGAAUCCAGCCCUUUCUCACUACAACCCAUUCCCUCCAACUGCCUUACCCUUCAGCUACAUCACACGCCUCUGUGUGGGAGAGUCGUCUCCUGGCAGUGGGUACUUGGAACUAAAGGAAUCCCAACAAACCUAGGAUGACAGUGUCAGAAUUUUGAAAAUCUUGGAUACCAUAUUCAUAUUUCCGUAUGAGGGCAGAGACAACAAAUGACUUGCGAGGCGUCAAGUGGUCGUGGGGGUGUCCUUCCUUAAGCCCAGGCUUCCCGACUCUAGGCCCAGUCCUCCUUCCACCACCCCGCGGUGCCUGUGGGCUUGGGAGGCGGGAGCUCCGCGCCUGAGAGGAAAAUUUAUUGGAGGAAGUUUACUGGAGUAAAAUGGAGGCCUCAGUGAUAUUACCCAUUCUGAAGAAAAAACUAGCUUUCCUUUCAGGAGGAAAGGACAGACGAAGUGGCCUCAUUCUGACAAUUCCAUUAUGCCUAGAACAGACAAAUAUGGAUGAGCUGAGUGUCACCUUAGACUACCUACUCAGCAUUCCAAGUGAGAAGUGUAAGGCUAGAGGAUUUACCGUGAUUGUGGAUGGCAGAAAAUCCCAGUGGAAUGUGGUGAAAACAGUAGUCUUAAUGCUACAGAAUGUUGUUCCAGCUGAAGUGUCCCUUGUUUGUGUAGUGAAGCCAGAUGAAUUCUGGGAUAAGAAAGUAACACAUUUUUGUUUUUGGAAAGAAAAGGAUAGACUUGGCUUUGAGGUUAUUUUAGUAUCUGCCAAUAAAUUGACUCGUUAUAUAGAGCCAUGCCAGUUAACGGAAGAUUUUGGUGGGAGCCUCACCUAUGAUCACAUGGACUGGUUAAAUAAGAGGCUGGUUUUUGAGAAGUUUACAAAGGAAUCUACAUCAUUAUUAGAUGAACUUGCAUUGAUUAACAAUGGAAGUGAUAAAGGAAAUCAGCAAGAGAAAGAAAGGUCUGUGGAUUUAAACUUUCUUCCAUCAGUUGAUCCUGAAACUGUUCUUCAGACAGGGCAUGAAUUGUUAUCCGAAUUACAGCAGCGUCGAUUUAAUGGCUCAGAUGGAGGGGUCUCAUGGUCUCCUAUGGAUGAUGAACUGCUUGCACAGCCACAGGUUAUGAAAUUAUUAGAUUCACUGCGAGAGCAGUAUACCCGCUACCAGGAAGUUUGUAGGCAACGAAGUAAGCGUACACAGUUAGAAGAGAUUCAGCAGAAGGUGAUGCAGGUUGUGAAUUGGCUUGAAGGGCCUGGAUCAGAGCAGCUGAGAGCCCAGUGGGGAAUUGGAGACUCCAUCCGGGCUUCCCAAGCCCUACAGCAGAAGCACGAAGAGAUCGAGAGCCAGCACAGUGAAUGGUUUGCAGUUUAUGUGGAACUGAAUCAGCAAAUUGCAGCCCUCUUAAAUGCUGGGGAUGAGGAAGAUCUUGUGGAACUGAAGUCGCUCCAGCAACAACUUAGUGAUGUUUGUUAUCGACAGGCCAGUCAGCUGGAAUUUAGGCAGAAUCUGCUACAAGCAGCUCUUGAAUUUCAUGGUGUUGCCCAAGAUUUGUCUCAGCAGUUGGAUGGCUUAUUAGGGAUGUUGUGCGUAGAUGUAGCACCAGCUGAUGGAGCAUCGAUUCAGCAAACUUUAAAACUGCUUGAAGAGAAGCUGAAAAGUGUUGAUGUAGGAUUGCAAGGUUUGCGUGAAAAAGGUCAAGGUCUUCUGGAUCAGAUCUCCAAUCAGGCAUCCUGGGCCUAUGGAAAGGAUGUAACCAUUGAGAAUAAGGAAAAUGUGGACCACAUACAAGGAGUGAUGGAAGAUAUGCAGCUUAGAAAACAAAGAUGUGAAGACAUGGUAGAUGUGCGAAGAUUAAAGAUGCUUCAGAUGGUACAGUUGUUUAAAUGUGAAGAAGAUGCUGCCCAGGCAGUAGAAUGGCUCAGUGAACUUCUGGAUGCUCUUCUUAAGACACACACCAGAUUGGGGGAUGACGCUCAGGAAACGAAAGUUCUGCUGGAGAAGCAUAGAAAAUUUGUUGAUGUUGCACAGAGCACUUACGACUACGGCAGACAGCUGCUGCAGGCCACAGUGGUGCUGUGCCAGUCUUUGCGCUGCACCUCUCGGUCAUCUGGGGAUACGCUUCCUCGGCUGAACAGAGUGUGGAAGCAGUUCACAAUCGCAUCUGAAGAGAGGGUGCAUAGGCUGGAGAUGGCUAUUGCCUUUCACUCAAAUGCUGAAAAGAUUUUACAAGACUGUCCAGAAGAGCCUGAAGCUAUUAAUGAUGAGGAGCAGUUUGAUGAAGUUGAAGCAGUUGGGAAAUCACUUUUAGAUAGACUAACUGUUCCUGUAGUUUAUCCUGAUGGAACUGAACAAUAUUUUGGGAGCCCAAGUGACAUGGCUUCUACUGCAGAACACAUCAGAGACAGGAUGAAACUAGUUAGUCUCAAAAGGCAGCAGCUGAGACAUCCAGAAAUGAUGACUACAGAGAGCUAAUAGCUGCCUUCUUCCCAGAGACCUGCUGUUCAUAGUCCCGCAUGUCGUCAGCAUACGCCAGCAUUAGCUACAAUACGUUAAGAUGCGUUUCACAGCCAGGAUAAGCCUCAUUUCUUUCCAUUACACAUUUCUCUCCACAUGUUAACACCUUGUCAUUACCAAGGCAGAAUUGUUUAACAUGCUUUGAGAUCAUAGACUCCAAGUAUCGUAAAAGAAGGAACUGUAAACAUUGCACUGAAAACUUGCUUUAAAGCUUUACCUGACCUGUCAGUUUGUAGAUGAACAACUGAUAAUAAGCUUUGAAUGGUGCUAAUAAGAGUUUAGAAUUCUCUCUAUAAAAAAAUGGUUGCCCUUCCUCCCCAGGUGAUGUAGUAAAUUUAGACUAUAGCUCAACUGUUAUCAGUAGACAGUGAUGUCCUCAAAAUUUUGCUUUGUAAUUCUCCUUCAAAUUUGAUUAUUUUUAUUGUGUCAGUAUGAAGAAAAACCUUCAGAUUUUUGAUAUAUCAUAUUCAUUAAAAGACAUUUUCCUAUUUGUAUUGAUAAUGUAUUAAAAGUUGUUUGUGCUUAAUAAAAGGCUUCUUUUAAACACCUUAUUUAAUUUGGUGAUUAUAUCCUGUUUCCAAACAUGAGUGCCUUAAUUAAAAGGGCAUUCUUAGGCUUGUGAGGAUGGUUUAAUAUUUGUUUUUUCAUGUUGGUUGCAUGUAUUUUAGCCAGGAAAUUCAUAUGUAAGCAUGUAUAUAUAAUAAAUAAGCAUGUUUUAUCAAAAAAAAUUAUUGUGAAGAAAAGUUUAGAUGUUAGUGGAACACUCAUUUUUCUCUUCUUCAACUUGAAAAAUGUUAUCCAAAUUACUGUUCUGAAAAUAUUUUGUCUUUGGGAGAGGAGGGCUGGGAAAGGCAUACAUAGUUACUUAAAUGUCAUCCUCUAUAUCAGAGUAAUCUUUCAGGAGCUAAAAUAGCAAUUGUUAAUAACAUUUAAUUUGUCAUGAUAGACUAGAUGCAAGAUUCUGGUGUAGUAUAAUAACAAAAAUUGUACACAUCUUUUAGAAAUUAAAUAUAUAAAAUGUUAAUGCUUUUAAGUUUAUAUUGUUUAAAUGGUAAAAUACAUAUAAUUUUGUGUUCAUCUUUGUUUCAGAAAAUGUUUUUGAGAAAGAUUAAAGCAAUUUUAUAGUCUGUGAUCAAUACAAAAUUAUGCAAAGUAUGCUCUUUUCUUUACAUUGUCUACUGAAAUGUCCAUGUAUCAUACUUCCAGUGGAAAAAGCUCCUUCUGAGCCUGCUGGUUUUUGCAGCCUUCUUCACUGCCGGACUUCUUGCAGAAACCCAUAUCCACUGCCCCUGCAUCCUCAGCACUCACUGCUCAGCGCCUUGCAGUCUGGCUUUCCAGAGCCCUGCAGUGUAGUGGUUUGCAGUGGGCUCCAGUUACUGAAUGAUUUUUUUUUUUUUCCACUUUGCAUUCCUCUCUCCUUCUCUGCCUCUGCAGCAUUCCUACCAUGGAGCAGCCUCUCCUAUGGUGUUUCCUCCCUUGACGAUGUUAUCUUCUGUUGUAACUCAGCGUAGUCACAUAACUGUUAUUUAAAAUGCAUCUACUAAAAUGUGCUCUCUCAGAUUCUGUCUUCGGAAUGAUUCUGGAUGUAUCCUGUCCUUAGGGUAUCUUAUUUUAUCCCAGUGUCCUGUGUUAUGUAUCUGGUCCGAACGUCUCAACCUGUACUUUCAGCUACCUACUUGACAUUUUUAGCUUAGGUGAAGUUAUUUAUCAUAUUUUUUUCACCUUUCUCAGAGUAAUUUUGGUUUGAGAUACAGUCUUUUUUAAUGGACAUGCCAGAAAAUCUGGGGGCUACAUUUAACUGCUCCCUUUAAUGCUGCCACUGCUUCUGAGAACAUCCAGAAAGGCUUUUUCUUAAUCUGUUAAUCCUUAGUCUUUUAGGGUCUAACUUCUAUGAGUAUGAGCGUUUGUGAUUCUUCAUUUCAGUCUUCAUGACGGUGCUAACCACAUGUUACAGUUGUUUAUGUCUGUACCUGCUACACUAGGAGCUCUUUUGAGGGAAGGAAACUUGUGGGCCUGACUUCUCCUAUUCCCAGCAUUUUGCUCAUGGCAUAAUAGUUACUCUGGAAAAGCCCCUGCUGCUGGGAAAGAUUGAGGGCAGGAGAACGUGACAGAGGAUGAGAUGGUUGGAUGGCAUCGCUAACUCAAUGGACAUGAGUUUGAGCAAACUCGGGGAGAUCCUGAAGGACAGGGAAGCCUGGCGUGCUGCAGUCUGUAGGGUCACAAAGAAUCAGACAUGCCGUAGCAACUGAACAAUAGUUGCUCAGUUCCCCUGUAUGUCUGUUGUAAGGGUUAGUAAUAAUUCCUCUUGUAUUGUAGUCUGAAGUAUGUUUUAAACAGAUUUCCUAAAGUUAGAACUGACUGAGUGAAUCUACUCAUCAGGAAGUCAUUUGAUAGUUUUAGAUACUUAGGUAAUUGAGAUAGUUGUACUCAAUAUCCCUCAUACUGAAUUUCACAGAAUUUUUUAUUUUUUAUUAAGACUUUGCCAGAAAGGAACUGGGUUGUAAGUAAAGAGACUCUCUAAUUCUACCGUCAGCUCCCCUACUUACUGUCAAAUGAGUUAAUUUUAUGUGCCUUAAUCUGCCCUGCCUACAGCAAGAGUGAGGUAAGGCAUAUCUGGAAAUAUUUGUGGUUUGAGUAUUUCAAGUGAAGAUGAUUCUGCUUUUAACACAUAGUAAAUAUUGUUGCUUUUCAUUUGUAACUUUGCUCCUGCUUUCUAUAUGUGUAUCCAAAUACCCAUAGACAUAGUUAUGAAUGAAAACCAACAAUGCCCUAAUGUGAUUUUUAUUCAUAGGAUCAUAGCUCACUAGAAUACCUGUGAAGGAAGUGACUUCAAUCUGUUUGAAAAGACAAGUUCUUUGUAAUAAAUUAACAUUGGCCUGCAAAUAAAGAACCAUCUUUUUUAAUUGGUACAAUAUAGGCUACAACUUGGGCUUCCCCUGUGGCUCAGCAAUAAAGAAUCUGCCUGUGAUGCAGGAACCACAGGAGACAUGGAGUUUGAUCCCUGGGCCAGGAAGAUCGCCUGGAGGAGGCAUGGCAACCCACUCCAGUAUUUUUGCCUGGAGAACCCCAUGGACAGAGAAGCCAGGCAGGGCUACAGUCCAUAGGUCGCAAAGAGGUAGACAUGACUGAAACGACUUAGCACGCAUGCUACAACUUUCACAUCAUCUUAACUCAUCUCAGGGAGUUAUUGAAUGUUAAUUAGGCUAGCUUAAUUUUUUGUUUUGCUUUGAGUUUUUCUUUUGUCUUCAUGUCAUAAAUUUGCUCCUGUGUAAGCUAAGUAUCUAUGGACAGUUUAGGCAUCUAUUCACACAUGUCUAACCCAGCGAAAUUAUGAUGUGAAGAUGAUAACUUCCUUUCAGAUAAAAUUGACGGUAUUCCCAGUCUUCAUUGUUGGUCACCUGAUUCUCCCAUGGUAACUCAUGGGUGAUAAAGUUGCUCAGUCUGCCAGCUAAGAUGUUGGCAGUUCUAGGCUUCGUUGCUCUGUAGAGGAUUGGAUACUUCUCUCACGUCAUAGGUCUUUACGUUGGCCAGUGCUCCGAAGCAUUACCUGGUAUUAACAUGCUCGUUUCACUAUCAGUUGAUGUGUGGGGGUGUGCUAUCUAGUGUAUUAUUGUUAGUGUAUUCUCCUUAAUGUGAACAUGGCAGUUAUUUUUCUGAUAGUGCUGCGUAAAUAAUGUAUAUAAGCCCACUGGGACAAAUGGCAUGAUUGUGAGAUUAGUUGAACCUGUCUCUGUACUGGCUUUGUUUGAAGAAAGACUUCGUAAUUCUCUACUACAUUUUAAGUUCCUUGCCAGAGAGAUUGGAAAUUACUAUGUACUUUUCCCACUCCCACGGGACCAUGGUAAAAUACUGUGGUUAUCAAAAACUGAACAUAACUGUAGUUGUUAAAAUCGUCCCCAUUCUUGAGUCUAUUGAAAACGCUAUAGGAAGUUAACAUUGGUAAAUAUCAGUGACAAGAGAUGUAUGUUUGGGAUAUAUUUGUUUAAACCUCAAAAGGAAAAAUUAUCUAGGAUUAAGAAGGUGGACUAGAAUAUAGCUGACCAGUUAACCUAAUUAGCAAAACUUAGCUAGAGUUAACUUUCAGUUCAAAAUAAAGAGCUCGAGUUGGGUGUGGAAAAUUUCGCUCCUGGUAUAUAGAGGGGCAGCAGUCACUUUGAUGAGGGAAAAGGAAGUGCAGGUUUAACUCCUGACAUUAGUUGACUUAUGUGUGUGCUGCAGAAAAUCUAGGUUUAGCCAAGAAACAUAAAUAAUGGCAAGAAUAGUACAGGAAAGGUUGUAAACUUAGGCUAAAAUAAGAACUCUAGUGAAUAUAAUGAAAAGAGGUGGAGUUUAGAAUCUAACUUUAGAAUCUGGCUUUGGCAUUUACCAACCUGGGUGAAAAAUCAUGAAACUUCUCUGAACCUGUAAAAUAGAGAAAUCAUAUCAAGUAAUUUUAAGAAUGAAGUGUAAUUAUGUUAAAAGUCUGUUGAAAAAUAAAAUAUUAUUCAAAAUGGAAGGAUUAUUAUCUUUCCAGAAUAGAAUGGGGAGCGUUCUUUAAUCGUGUUCUUGUCCCAAGCAUGGGGUCUUGGGAGAAAGGGAACCUUGUCUGCUCACCUCCCAACACUCCCAUUUCCCCUCCAUUCGGUAUACUGAAAACACUGAGGGUGGGGCCAGUGGGCUCUGCAGUAAACAGCAAGACUUUUAAACCUGACAGAUUAACUCCGUUGUGGCAGGAUGAUAGGCCAGCCAGAUGGAGGACACGGGAGGAGUAUCCUCUACUUUGAGGUUAACAGGACAUGAAUACAAUUCCAUUGAAAAGUAAGAAAGUAAGUAAAAGUCCUACUCAUGAUCUUAGAGAGUCAGCACCAACCUGUAGAAACAGGAGCAUGAAUCUGACCACCAUUGGUGCUGUUAUGGUUAGAGAAGAGCAAUCCUGGUAAACUUGGGCAGUGAUAAUAAGAGAAAAAGGCUAUAAUAGAGGCGGAUGGAGCUACGGGUGCUUCAUGAAACAGCAUAAAUACAUGGGAAUGUUUAAUACUGAAAAAGGCUCAUAGAUAUGAUGCCGAGUAACGUGACUGUAAUGUUUUUAAAGCAGACUUGAAAACAUGACAAAACUAGUCCAUGUGCUUGAGGAAAAGGCAGAGCCUGUGCUAGAACAUGAACUUAGAGAUCACAGGAAGAGCCAGAACCGGAACCACACACUGUGAAAGCAGUAGGCAAAAUUAUAAAAGAAUCAAGGUUAUUUUUGUUAGAAAAUUUUUAGGAGGCAACACACAUAAUACCAUAGGUAGUUAUACAGAAAUUCUUGUGCUGUGUGCUCAGUCGUGAAGUCAUGUCCAACUCUUUGUGACCCUUUGGACUGUAGGCUGCCAGGCUCCUCUGUCCAAGGAAUUUCCCAGGCAAGAAUACUGGAGUGGGUUGCCAUUUCCUUUCCCAGGGAAUCUUCCCAACCAGGGAUCAAACCCGCGACUCCUGUUUCUCCUGCAUUGGCAGGUGGAUUCUUUACCACUGAGUCACCAUAACUAAAAAUAGUUACCAGCUUUCAAUAUUAGAGUAGCAUUGUUAUGAAUCUUAAGUCAGGCUUGUGGAAUACUAAAUAUUUCUGACAAAAGGCUAUAGGAGUCUGAAGCCAUUCUUAUCCUCUCGGUGUCCCCUUAGACAUAUUUACAAGUCAGAUGCCAUCUCUAGAUGGUGUCUCUAAAUGUGUCAUUCUUGGAGAGACAGGAGAAUGACUCAGGUGUCCUUCCGAUUGACUGGCGGGGACCUGUUCACUAUGAUCAAGCCUCACAUCGUGUUUUGGGUCUACACAUCGUUUCUAUUAUAGUUACUCUGGUUCUUUUUUAGUUUUAAAAAUCAGUAAAAAUGUGCUUGAUUUUCCCCUUUAGAAUGUUUUUUUCAUCUUAACUCUGUUAGUCUACACAACCAACAAAUUUGCUCAGAAUAACCAUCAAUGCAUGUAUCAUUUUUAUUAAAGUGUGAGGAGAUGAAAAAUCACCUUGACAAAGUCAGCAUAGAUCCAAGAACUGAUUGCUUACCUCACACAGGAAUAUCCUUUCACAAGCUCUUAAGUUUCUAAGUUGACACUGUUGGGAAGAAUUUAUGAAAUCAGUAAUGAAAUUCUCAGCAGCAUUAUUUUAUAAGCAGUGUGCCCUGAAUUUUUCCCCCAAUAUUUUAUUAUAAAAUUUUUCAAGCAUAUAAAAAAGUUAAAAUUUUAUAGUAUACUCACCACCUAGAUGCUAGUUAGCAUUAACUGUGCUUUGUCACAUAUCUAUCCAUCCAUCAGUUCACCAAUUCAGAUUGUUUCAGAUGCAUUUUAAAUUGAAGAAAUCUACACACUUCCUACUGAAUACUUCAGUCAUUAGCUAGAAUUCAGUAUUUGCUUGCAGUUUUGUUUUUAUUUAAAAUUAGCAUACAACGAAUGUGUAAGUCUUAAGUGUGUAUCUGCUGGGUUUUGGUAAAUCCAUACAGUGCUGUCAAAAUAUAAAAUACUAUUAAAAAAAUUCCCAUGUUGCCAUUUCCAGUCAGUCCUCUACAACCACAUCCUCCUCCACAGGCAGCCACUAUUCUUUGUUCUACCUUAAAUCGGAUCUUGUGUUCUAGAUCUUUGUGUAAAUAGAGCCACACAGCAUGUAUCUUUCUUGAAGGCUUCUUCACUUGCCAUGUUUUGAAAAUUUAUCCAUGUGGUUGUGUGUAUUCAUAGUCAAUUCCUUUUUUAUUGCUGAGUAGUAUUCCAUUGUAUGACUGUAUUACAGUUUAUUUAUUCAUUUUCCUAUUUAUAAAUACCUGGGCUGUUUGCAGUACUGGCGAUUAUAAGUGAAGCUGCUAUGGUUAUUCUUAACAUAAGUCUUAUGUGAACGUAGGCUUUCAUCUCUCUCGGGUGAAUACCUAGGAUUAGAAUUUCUGUGUCAUAUGGUAGUUUUGAAAGAAACUUGCAUAUCUUUUUUUCAAUGUGGUGUGCUGUGUCCUGAUUUUCAUAUAUUUUGAGUGUGUAGAAAACUGUAAACUAUUUUUAUGGCCCAUAAUCUGAAGUAUUAGAAGUGGAUUUGGAAUAGAAAUGGCAUUCUUCACAGUUGGCAGUUAGUGUUGAAGGACACAAAUGCCUGUCUGCCCAAAACAGCUCCCCAAAUGGUACCUAUCCCUGAAAUUUCAGUGUAACUCUUUGAAUGAUUAAAGUACUUAGCCAAGCAUGGUGAUUAUAUUAGCUAGAAGAAACAGCAUUGGUUUGUUACAUUACUAACUUUUGCCACCCGUUUUUAGUAGGCAAAAUAAGACUGAUAAUUGAACAGAAAAGAUUCAUUCUGUUCAAUGGGGAUGGAAGGGGUAUUAAAGAACAUGUCCUACUGGUUAGUCCCAGGUACGGCAGCGUGAAGAGAAGCAUCUGGACGGAAAAUCCCCCAAACGGUGGUCAAGAAACCAGAAAACGGGGUGGGGAGAAUUCUACCUCAGAAUUGUGCUUAGGAAGUAGAUAUGUUUUUGCAGGACAUUUUAGCCUUUACAAAUCAAAUCAUAUUUUCAAUAUUGUCUUUUUAUUCAGUACCACCCAGCUACAGUUAUUUCGCACCCCUAGUGACUUUUAUCUACUUUGUCUUACCCUUUCCACCUGUUCUGUUACAUAUAGCAGUUACCUGUAUAAGCCUGUAAAAUUAUAAUCAUAUGUACUUUUCCAGUGCUUGUGUUCAGAGAUAUUUAUGUAUGGUUCAUUCAAUCUUAUUUGAUUUUUAAGGGCUGGGAUAUUUGGCUUCUACUGUAAAUCCUAAUAAUGUUCCACACACAUUGUAAAUGCAAUAAAGAUGUUAAAAACUAA